AUGACCAUUCCUCCUCUUGAAAGUAUAUGUUAUACAUGUGGAUACAAGGUACGAGAAGAAAAAUGUAUGGAUACUUUUAUACCCCGAGACGGUCGGGAAUCUUCAGCCUGUAAUCUCAGUAGACAAUCUAAAUACGAUCUAUGCAGAAAAUACCGUGAUGGUUGGACAGUAAUGUGUAACAGAAAUGGGAACUUUUUAAUGUGUGGAGAAAAAUGUUACACCGGGCAUGCUACAUCAACCAAAUACAGCCUUUUUCUUGUCUCAACAGUUGCCUUCGUCCACUUAACAAACUUGGCCGCUCGCCUUUUCUCUUGA